AUACCUCUUCGCCUUUCUGUGGUUCCACCCACCUCUUCCUUCCCUCCUCCUCCUCCUAUAAACAACUCUCCUAUACACCCCCUCCCAAAUAAAUAAAUAAAAGGAGGAGGGUAAAGGGGGAGGAGGAGUGUCGCUGGGGCAGGGAGGGGGGGCAGGAAAAGGGAGGCAGCGCCAGAGAGCAAGGCAGAGUCCGAACAGACAGCCCAGAGCCCGCACGCACCUCACACCAUGAGAUGGCGACGCGCCUCGCACCACUCCGGGAGUGCCGGCCCUUGGGCCCCGCACCCCGGCCCCGCCGCACGCUCGCGACCGCCACUGCUGCGGCUUCUGUUGCUGUGGACCGCGGCCCUGGCGCCUGGAGCGGCCGCCGGCGACGAGGCAGCUCCCGCGGGGCCCUCGGUGUGCUACUCGUCCCCGCCCAGCGUGGGCUCGGUGCAGGAGCUGGCUCAGCGCGCCGCGGUGGUGAUCGAGGGAAAGGUGCACCCGCCGCGGCGGCAGCAGGGGGCACUCGAAAGGAAGGCGGUGGCGGGCGAGUCAGGGGCGUGGGGAGGCGACCGUGAGCCGUCAGCCGCGGGCCCCGGGGUACUGGGGCCGCCCAUCGAGGACCCACUGUUCAUCGCCAACGGGACUGUGCCCUCUUGGCCCACGGUACUAGCGCCCAGUGCCGGCGAUCCUGGGGAAGACGCACCUUAUCUGGUGAAGGUGCACCAGGUGUGGGCGGUGAAAGCUGGGGGCUUGAAGAAGGACUCACUGCUCACUGUGCGCCUGGGGACUUGGGGCCAUCCCGCUUUCCCCUCUUGCGGGAGGCUCAAGGAAGACAGCAGGUACAUCUUCUUCAUGGAGCCCGAUGCCAACAGCAGCAACCACUCACCGGCCGCCUUCCGAGCAUCUUUUCCCCCUCUCGAGACUGGCCGGAACCUUAAGAAGGAGGUCAGCCGGGUGCUAUGCAAGCGGUGCGGUAAGUUUCUGACCCACGAUGGGGAGGGUGCGAGAGGCGCGCGGAGGGCGCACUCCUGGGGCGCGGCGCGACAUCGGAAGAGCUGUUAG